AUGCCUGAACAGACGAGUACACUUUUGCAUUCUGCUACUGCAGCUCGUCCAGCGAAGAAUGGAACAGAUGACAAGGACCCGCUCACCGAAGAAAACUUGAAAUCGCAUACUAGCAUGAACCCCCCUUCAAGAGAGUCAAAAUCACAAUUAGUACUGAGUUAUGUGGACUUGCAACGACAACUAAUAGCUCUUGAAGCUCAAUUAAGGAGAGAGACUGAAGAAGAACGGACAAGAUUCGAAAAUGCACUACCAGCAGAUACACCAGAUGUAAUUCCAGAAGUCAUUACAAUACCGCCAGAACUGAAAUCUAAAUUUCGACAUAAUACUGAAGACAGUGAAUCAGAUUAUUCAAUAAUCGACAAUCAGGUGGAAAUCCCACCGUUACAGUCAAUUGACGCUAUACCAUCGUUACUGGAUACAAUGUCAAAGAACCUUAAACGAAGUCAAAAAUUAAAAAUAAUACUUAAGAAGACUACACAAAAGAUAGUCAAUAAAUUCAACAAUCGCCAAGACAAAGACGAGGAACCAUCAUCUCCGUCAUCCAUAGAUAAAGAUAUCCCAUCGCUACGAGUAGAACCUUCUAUACCACCGUCACCUUCACAAUUAACCAUUCGUUCACGAGCAUCUAUACCAUUCCCAGUUUCCGCCAAAUACAUGAUCGCUAAUGACAAGCCUACACAUCAGAGAACAGAUAGCGCCGAUACUAUGCAGACUGGCACACUAACACAAAUAAGCCCCCGUUCAUCUAUCCAUAGUCCGUACUCUUCUGUUUUACAAUCUCCGCCUCAAUCGCCUAGUAACUUCAUACACUCGGACACUCUUUCGGCAACACAAUUCACGCCAGCUCCCUUGUCACCGUCCAUAACAGGUCGAUAUCCGGAUAUUGGCGAUACGAAUGGAUACAACAGCACAAGCGCACUUGCAUCUAAUCCUAGGAAUAGAAUAGUUAUACACGAAAAUUCAGGAUCGUCAUUAUUAAAACGAGCUGGAGUAUUGAACAAUUCAAAGAAAGAUCUCAAAAUCGAACUAGGGCAUCGUAAAGAAAAGAGCUGGAGUCCAUUAACUAUUAAGGAUCAUGAACAAGAAUUGGUAGCAUUUCGAUAUCCGAGCGUGAAAGAUACAUUAAGCAUUCCUGAAGAGGUAGAUGUUGUCUUGGGAGGAGGAAUAGACGUUGGUACUAAUGUAGACACUAUGUCGGGAAGUGGGGCUGAUGACGGUACAACGACAGGGUCGGGCAGUUGUAAUGCGGGUUUAGAUGAUCCAGAUGAUAGUGGUGCAAGUGCCGUGGUUUUUGCCGAUGAGGGUUCAUAUCCUACACAGGGAAAUGGGUCUAUGGACAUAAUAAGUAGGGCAGAAAAGGGUGGAGAGAUAGUAGAUACAUAUUGUCGGACAAUGUUAAAGGCCAGUCAUUGA